UGCCUCCUUCCUCUCCCUUUCUCUCUCUCUCUCUCUCUCUCCCCCUCUCUCUCUUCCUCCUCCGCCGGGAGAAGAAAUCGGUCUUCUAGGCUCGAAUCCCUUCUACGGCGCCGAUCGCCGGCACUGAUCUCUAUCCUAUCCCUCCGGUUCUCGUGUAUGCUUCUCCGUCCGGGACAGUACAGAAUCAAACUUCUCGCACGCCGCAUUUUUUUUCUUUUAUUUCUUCGCUUAACGAUAUGACAACCCGUUUGGCAUUACCAGCUUCUUGCAACUUGUAUUCGAUCUGGGUUCGUCGUGGGUCGUAAGAGGCUAAAUUAGCCGGAAGUUUUGCAUAUAUAAACCAAGGAACUGAUUCAUUUUAGUAGAUAAGGAUACUUGUUCAGCGAACCUCCUGGAAUGAGUUUGGAGAAUGAGGAUCCGUUACUUGAAAGAAGCUCUGAUACUAGGAAAACUAAAGUAUGCUAUACAAGAGAUGAACUUUUAUCUUUUAGCAAACUUUGCAACAAAUUGCCUAAUGGAUUUGAUGCUUCAGUCUUGAGCAGUGAAUUGGAUGAAGCAUCUUAUACUUUAAACGAAAGGCAAAGAGGUUUUGGAGGCUCAAGUUUUCAGAGCACGAAGCGCAGCGAUUAUACAUCUCCACCACCAAACAGGUCAGAAGUUGCAGGCAGUUAUUCUCGUGCAAGCUCUGGGAGGUGGGAUGUACGAUUAAAUAAUAGAGAUGGAGACCUCCAAUCUAAUCGUGAAACAAAUACACAAGAUAUUGGACAACGAUUUGGAACACAAUCAAGACGUUACUCUCAGCAUGCUGAGCAUGAUGGACUUUUGGGAAGUGGUGCUUUUCCAAGACCUUCAGGUUGUGAAGGACCAUCAACAGCAAAAUCUAGGGCAGCUAGUCAAUUUACACUCAAUAAGACUUCUGGACCCUAUCAGCCUCCACGACCUUAUAAGGCUUUGCCUUUUCAGCGAAAGGAUGAUAGAGAUUCAUGUAAUGAUGAAACAUUUGGGUCAACUGAUUAUUCAAGUGAGGACAGAGCUGAAGAACAAAGGAGAAGAGAUUCCUUUGAGCUAAUGAGAAGAGAACAACGGAAAGCACUGCAAGAAAAGCAAAAUAAUCAUAAACAUAAUCCUAAUGCUGAUAGUAUUGCAUUGCUUGAGAAUUCAGCUGAUAAGAAAAGAAUAAUCAGCAAAACUGACAAAGCAGAUGACUCUUCACUAUCUGAAGUUGAAUCUCCUAGAUCUUCUACUAUGCAUGCACCUCUAUCUCGGCCACUUGUACCACCUGGGUUUGCUAGUGCAGCGGACAAAAUCCUUCCUGUUCAAUCUAAUUACAUUGCAUCUGAGGCUAGUAUUGCUGGUAUUGUUGACAACAAACAUCUUGAUAGCACCCAUACUGAUAAGGAAAAGAGACAACAAUUAGAUGUCUGCUUCAAUGACAGCGUUAGAAAACAUGAAAUUGAAAGCCUUUCGUCUACAGCAUCUGAUCUUCAAAAUGUCAAUGAAAUUCGGGUAGAGGCCAUAAUGAAUGAUCUUGACAAGAAAAAAGAGAAGUUUGAUGGUACAAAUUCAUUUGUACACGACAGUUCUGUCUCCAUUCUGGAAAAGUUGCUCGGUGGUUCUUUACAUAUUUCUGGUACCUCAUCCACUUCCUCUACUUCCUCUUCGACUCUGGGGCUUAAAAAGGACAAAGAACCAUGGACUUCUUCAGUUUCUGUAUCUUCUAAGUUUGCUAGUUGGUUUCUUGAAGAAGAAAAUAAGCCUUCAGAUGAUUUCUCAUCAAAGAAUCUCCUUUCGUUGAUUGUGAAUAAUGAUAAAGUUGUCUCAUCUGAAUCGAUAGUUUCUCAUGAUAAAGUAUUUGAACAUGAGGAACUGGACAGUACUGAUAUUAGUAAUGCUACACAGAAAUUUGAUGUGUCUCCUACAACUACUUUGACAAUUGGGAUCUCUGAACAAUAUCAUCAAGUUGAUAAGUUAGAUUCAAGUCCUGCUGUUCUUACAUGUGAGGACCUUGAGCAGUCAAUCUUGGCUGACAUCAAAGGGGGGCCAAGUCACCAGCAUAUGAUGGUACAGGGACCUGAGACAAGAACAGACGAAAAUAAGGAACUCAAGAAAUCUGAUAUCAACAAGCAUGCAUCACAACAUCUUCUUUCUUUGUUACAUAAAGGAACAAAAAAUGAGGAGAUGACAACUGGAACUGGUCUGGAUGUUGAGUUCUUUCAUCAAUCAUCUUUAACUGAUAAAAAAAGUUCUUUGAAUUUUCCAAUUCCUGAGAAUUCCACUGAGACAAUGUCCAGUGCAGAUAAGACCUUGACUCUCGAAGCAUUAUUUGGAGCUGCAUUUAUGAAUGAGCUUCAAUCGGCUCAAGCUCCUGUUUCUUCACAGAGAGUGCCAGAUGGUGGAACCAACACUAAUGCCUUUCCAUCAUCGGCUGGAUUGCCUUUUCCAAACCCUGAUGCUAGUUUCUUUUCUUCUAGGUCCAGUGAAUAUCAACCAAACAAGCCUGGUUAUCACAGUGACACAGUACCUCUGGGCACUGUUGGUUCCGGAGAGAAAAUACUUGAUUUUCACUUGCCAGAUGAGCAGAGUUUGAUCAUUGAUAGUGAUGCUCUGGAAUCGGCAAUCUCAGAUCCUAUACCCUUUGCUAAUACAGGUAAAGAGGAGCUGUUUUCCAAAAUGAAUGCCGAGCGUCUUAAUAAUAAUUUGCUUAAUGCCAUUCCAAGAAGUGCAGAAGACAUUCAAAACCCUGGUUCUUUUCAGAGCCCCCAUGACUUGGUAAAUACUGGUGCUUUUCAUCAUCCUUCACAGGGAAGGGCAUCAUUUCAUACUGUCAACAAUGCAAUGCCUCUACACGCAUUGUUGGAUCAUCUCACUAAUGGGAAUCAACAAAUGAACCAUAUUAGGCCUGAACAAAAUUUUCAUGACCCUCAAAAUUUUCUUGAAAAUCUUGUUCCUCAUGAUGCUUACCAUGCUAAUGCACCUCACAUGGAUCCUACUUCCUAUCACUUGAUGUUACAGCAGUUGUCAACUCCAGGAAACUUCCCGCAGCAAUUGCCCCAUCCAGGCUUUCCAAGAGUUAUGCAAUUACCUCAUCAGAUAAAUCACAUGCAAGGGUUUGUACCAGAAACAAAUAAUAUGCAUAACAUUGCAUUACAGCCUCAGCGGUCUAACUAUGGUAGCUUUGGAAUGGGAAUGCCAGGAGCGUUUGUUGGUGGCAGCAGCAUCAGUCAUCCAGAUGCAUUUCAAAGACUGUUGGAGAUGGAGAUGAGAGCCAAGGAAAAGCAUGCCCACCCUGCAGCUGCUGGUCACAUUCCCAGUAUGUAUGGUCCGGAAUUUGACAUGAGCUUCCGGUACCGAUGACUCUCCAGAUCUUUCCGAUUAGUUUGGUGGUGGUGUUGCCUUGGUUUGUGUUGUUUUUUUUUUAAUUUCCUUGCUUUGGGCCAUAUCGACAAUAUCUCAAAUAUCUUCAGCCCAAGGUCUCGGGGUGAAUGCAGACGAGCUUGGAGAAACAGAGAGACUUCCAUGUGUAUAGGUGACCCAGGGGUUUCUCUAUUCUUAAUUAGUUCCCACUCAGUGUCCGCUAAAACCUGGAGUUUCAGAAGCUGCUCACUCAUGUAACAUGUAGACGUGCUGUGCCUGAACUUUUGUCAGAGAUUACUGCUCAAUCACUUUAAUAUUUUUCGCUUGUUUGUUUAUUGUA